AUGCCACCCGCAUCGAACACGCCUGCGCGCGAGAAGGAGCAGCUGCACCGCAAGUUCUCCGCUGCUGCCAACGCCCUCGCUGAUCUCUACCGUGAGUCCUCCAACUCCUACGAGGCGGGCUACCGCGACGCGCUUCUCUUUGUGCAGCGCUACCUGCAAAGCAUUUCCCCCAUCACCGAGCGCAGGCUCCCUCCUUCCUCAGCCUUCUCCAUGUGCGAGACAGUCAACGCGCAGCACAUGGCUCAGUUCUUGCAGAAUACAAUCGCGGCGCGCCGUGAGCGCAUGGCAGCGGUGCGUGGCAUUCACUCACUGCGCCGACGCGGACGCGAGGACGAGCAAGAGAACAGCAGAUUCGGUGACGCUUGUAUGGUGAGUGACGACGGCGAUGCCACGGAGAACGAUAUCCACGGCGGAGAAGAACCGUACUUGACCUCGCAGCCAUCCUCAGGGGUGACCACCGAGCCCCUGACGGAUUUACCACUUCUCGCAGCAUCUGGAGUGGUGAGCAGCGCCGCUUCCGAUUUCUCUCGUGCCACUCUCGUUGUUGUGAAUAGGGCGACACCUGCUUUGAAUCGCGAGAGGGAGCAUGUGGUAUACUCGGAGGGUAUAGUGCCUGCGAGGCUACCGUACCAGCCGCGCCGUCAGCGCCUCCGCAUGGAGCGCGGUCAGAGUCACAACUCUCUGGGCGCUGCUAAUGGGCAUCCCCUCUCUGCGCAGCUCCGCAUCGGAAGGAGAAAUUGA